AUGUCCCUCGUCAUGCCCACACACGCAUUCGCAUACCACCCAUUCAAACAGCGCCGUCGAACAGCGACAGACGUACUCGCCGGAAAUUUCGAUCUACGUCCACCACGAGAUGUCCUGACCAGCUUACUCAAUGGCGUAGGUCCGUACAAGGAAGUGGAGAAGGACGAGGAGAUGCGCAGGAGCAGGAGGAGAGAAAAGGAGAAGGAGAAGGACAGGGAAAGGCGGGAGCGCGAGAGGGAGAAGACACGAGCUGCCCUGGCCACAGCAGACGAGCGACCCAGCGCCGACCCUCCCAGUGCAUCCCAUCUGCCACCCCCCGCUCCUGCCCAAGCUAUCAGUGCACAGUCAGCCCAGCCCUCGUCCUUCUGGCGUGCCAGGGGAUCCAGUCAGCGUCCAACAAUUAAUAUUGCCACCAAUCAGCGUUCCGUGUCGGUCACCCCACCACCCAUGGCGUCAUCUCCCCGCUCCACGCCUGGCCCAUCUAGUUCCUCAGUCACGUCUCGCACAUCCUCGAAGCGACCGCGAACUCCCUGCGAUGAUGGCCCUAUCGAUGAGGCAAUUGUUGCUACCUCACCGCCAUCACAACCCCCUCCAAGAAAGAGGAGAGUUGCAGUCAGGAAAGGGUGGAAAGGAUGGGUAGAGGGCUCGCCACCUCCAUCGGAGAAACUUAUCAACCUUGAUAUCGUCCCCGUUCUCCACGAGAGGCGCACUCGCAGCGGGAAGAGCUUCGAUGCUAUCGGCGUUGGCAAGGAGACCUGGGUGUGA